AUGGGUGCUAAACAAAAGGGCGGAGGCUCAAAGCCCAAGGGAAACACUGCGGAUGAGGUAGAGGAGACUUUGCAGGCUGUGGUCCUCGCCGAUACUUUCGAGCCCCGAUUCGAGCCAUUCACUCUCGAUAAGCCUCGCUGUCUUCUCCCGUUAGCCAACACUCCAAUCAUUGAAUAUACCCUCGAGUUUUUGGCAAAUGCUGGUGUGGAAGAGGUUUUUCUCUACGCAGGUGCUCACUCAGAUCUUUUGGAGAAGUAUAUCAACGCCUCAAAAUGGAGAGCCUCCUCAUCGCCUUUCAAGCAAUUCAACUUUCUUAAAUCUACCUCCGCAUCUGUUGGUGAUGUCAUGCGAGACCUGGACGGCAAGCACCUCAUCACCGGUGAUUUCAUUGUCGUGAGCGGCGAUGUGAUCAGUAACAUGCCUAUCGAGGGUGCGCUGAAGCAGCACCGCGCCCGCCGUGAAAAAGAUAAGAAUGCUAUCAUGACUAUGGUCCUCCGUGAGGCAGGACGCAACCACCGUACCAAAUCCUCCACAGUCUCUCCCGUCUUUGUUAUCGAUCCCACCAAGGACCGCUGUCUCCACUACGAAGAGAUCGACGAGCACGCAGACAACAACCACAAGCGACUCAACAUCGACACAGAAGUUAUUCUCACUCACCCUGAGCUGGAUAUCCGCCAGGACCUGAUUGACUGCAGCAUUGAUAUCUGCACACCCGAUGUGUUGAGUCUGUGGUCCGACAGUUUCGACUACCAGUCUCCCCGAAAGCAUUACUUAUUCGGUGUCCUCAAGGACUAUGAAUUGAACGGCAAGACCAUCCACACACACAUCAUUAAGGAUGACUACGCCGCGCGGGUACGAAACCUCAAGGCUUAUGAUGCGGUCAGCAAGGAUAUAAUCUCCCGCUGGACAUACCCCUUGUGCCCCGAUACCAAUCUUCUCCCCGGUCAUACCUACGCUCUCCGUAAGGGCAACCUGUACCAGGAACAGGGCGUCACCUUGGCGCGGUCUUGUGUGAUUGGCCGUCGGACGGUCAUUGGAAAGGGAACGAGCAUCGGUGACAAGACAACUGUACGCAACACAGUGUUGGGCCGAAACUGUAAAAUCGGCCGCAACGUCAAACUUGAAGGUGCGUACCUUUGGGAUGGCGUGAUCAUCGGAGACAACACAGAUAUCAACGGCGCCAUCAUCGCCGAUGGUGUCGUCAUCGGCAAGAACUGCAAGGUUGCCGCCGGUGCUCUACUCUCAUAUGGCGUGAAGAUCGCAGACGGCAUCACAGUUGAGGCUGGCACACGUAUCACGAAAUCCUGCCGAGACGGAAGUGAAUCAAUUUCGGACCCCAGCGUCGUCGGAGCAGACGGCGAGGGCCGCGAGUUUAUCCAGGGCGAAGACGACGAGGAGGACGAGGACGAUAUCAGCGUUGCCUCCUCUGGACUCGUCUACCAGAAUCCCGCCGCAUCUCUCUCCUCCGCUUCCAUCUCGACACUCUCCUCCGACAUCUCCGACGCUUCCUGGCCGCGUUCCGCUCGCAGCAGUUUCUCAGACGGCGAGGAACAAGAUAACUUCCACCAUGAUGCCACAACCAGUAUCUUCGAUAGUCUUCGCGAUGGCGUUUCGGCUGACGUUGUCCAGCUUGAGCUGGUCAGUCUUCGUAUGACUGCCAACGCCUCCGAUGUCCAAGUACGACGUGCUAUCGUCGCUUCAUUCAUGAAACACGUCCAACAGUUGAUGGAAGGUGGCAAGAAUGCCAGUGAAGCGGUGCAUCAAAUCUUUUCUACAUACCGGGAAGUUGUGGACCGAACGCUGUUUGACCGCGCCAAGCAGGAGAAGAAGGAUCAAGUCGAUUUCCUCAUUCAGUUGCAGCAGGACCUGGUGCACCGCAAUAAGGGCGCGAAUAUUCUUCUGUUCACUGCUAAGGAGCUGUAUGAUCUUGAGCUAGUGGAUGAGGAGGCAUAUGAACAGUGGUGGAGUAAUCCACGAUCAAGUGAGACUGAAGAGAUGCGGAAUGUCCGUAGCCAAGCACAGCAGUUUGUUGAGUGGUUGGCAAAUGCGGAGGAGGAGAGUAGUGAGGAGGAGGAAUCCGAGGAAGAUGAUGACGAGGAGGAGAGUGAUGAUGAGUAG